AUUUUUUACCACCAAAACUUCGAAAUUCUUAUCUUGGAACAUUGUUUUUGUUAAUGGUUUCAUUCCAUGUGAAAAGUCCCAUGGAAUAAAGUAUUGGAAUUGAAAGAAUAAAAUUAACACCAUACUUCAACCUCGUAAUCAUAUAAGCAUAUUUGCAUAAAUGAAUUCACUUUAAUGGAAAUCAAAGCAUCAAGCAUAUUGCUCUCCAAAAGAGUUUAUGGUAAGAGGAACUAGCGUAAACCGAUUGCUCAAUAUCAAGCAUUUAUGCCUGCCGUCGAAUCUUUCUAAAAAUCCCUGAAGCAUCCGCUUGCGCCCUACGCCGUGAUCACGUUAAAACAUGAGAUGCUUUGUCAAUAGCAAAAUCCCAAGAUAAGUUUCAUUUUCGGAUAAAAAACAGAAAGCCGAAAUCAAGACGCCGUCUUCAAUCAUGGAUCACGUAAUGCAAGCAGCCUCCGGCGCUCAUUUCUCAGGUUUGCGGCCUGAAAGUUUCCAUUCGGCUAAGAGUGCACCACAGCUGGUUGAACAUAAUGCUCCCAAACAACCUUUCCUUAUUGGGGUCUCAGGAGGAAGUGCAUCAGGCAAAACAACUGUGUGCGACAAGAUCAUACAGCAACUUCAUGACCAUAGAGUUGUACUUGUCAAUCAGGAUUCAUUCUACCGCGGAUUAACAGAUGAGGAAGAGAAAUGUGCGCAUGAAUUUAAUUUUGAUCAUCCUGAUGCAUUCGACACAGAACAACUGUUGGAAUGUAUUUUCAAGCUUAAAUCUGGUCAAUCUGUUCAUGUUCCAAUAUAUGAUUUCAAGAAGCAUCGGCCUCGCUCUGACAGUUUCAGACAGGUCAAUGCAUCAGAUGUGAUAAUUUUGGAGGGGAUAUUGGUACUUCAUGAUCAACGCGUUCGUGAAUUGAUGAACAUGAAGAUCUUUGUUGAUGCUGAUGCUGAUGUGAGGCUUGCCCGCAGAAUAAAUCGUGACACUGUUGAGAGGGGCAGAACUUUACAAUCUGUUCUUGAACAGUAUGGUAAGUUUGUGAAACCAGCUUUUGAUGAUUUUAUUCUGCCAUCGAAAAAGUUCGCUGAUGUUAUCAUACCCCGGGGUGGUGAGAAUCAUGUAGCAAUUGAUUUGAUUGUGCAACAUAUUCGUACAAAGCUUGGUCAGCACAAUCUCUGCAAAAUAUAUCAAAAUGUGAAUGUGAUUCAAUCAACAUUCCAGAUCAGAGGCAUGCACACUCUUAUUCGUGACAGACAAAUAAAUAAACACGAUUUUGUUUUUUAUUCAGACCGGCUAAUACGACUGGUGGUAGAGCAUGGACUUGGAUACCUGCCAUUCACUGAGAAACAAGUGAUCACUCCUACAGGAUCUGUAUACGCUGGAGUUGAAUUCUGCAAGAAACUGUGUGGAGUAUCCAUUGUUCGAAGUGGUGAAAGCAUGGAGAAUGCACUGAGAGCUUGCUGCAAAGGGAUCAGAAUUGGGAAAAUCCUCAUCCACCGCGGAGGUGAUGAUGGAAAACAGGUGACCUUUAUCUGUAGAAUUGGAAUUCAUCCAUACUUUCCCCUUGCUUUCAGAAACCAGCUGAUAUAUGAGAAGCUACCCAAAGACAUUUCUCAAAGGCAUGUACUGCUUUUGGAUCCUGUUCUGGCAACAGGUAACUCUGCCAAGCAGGCAAUUCAACUUCUCCUGGAGAAGGAUGUUCCAGAGUCGAAGAUAAUAUUUCUUAACCUCAUCUCUGCGCCAGAGGGAAUACAUCGUGUAUGCAAACAUUUCCCGUCUGUAAAAAUUGUGACAUCGGAGAUAGAUAUUGCAUUGAGUGAUGAAUUCCGAGUUAUACCAGGGAUGGGUGAGUUUGGUGAUCGAUACUUUGGCACCGAUGAUUUUUCGUUGCCAAUUCAAGAUGAUUGACUGUUGUAAUUAAUAUUUUUAUAUCUAUAUA